AUCAAGUGCUGCCUGACAAACCAAAGAAAAGAUUAUCUCUCUAGGCGUUACUGCUUCCCAGGUACGAUAGCUCCUUGACAAGAAUUUGGAGAGUUCUCAUCCAUUUAUUCUGUCUUUCGCAAUGCUUGCCUCCUCCAGCUCACAGCACGGUCCAAGCUCCAUCCCUGUGACAAUUCUCUCCUCCCAACCAUCGCUAGUCUCUCAGCCAUCCUCCAGCCUUGCCUCCCAGUCAAGCUCGGAGCUCACGACGAUCACUUCCGUUAACUCCUUGCCUCCCCGUCCGGCAGAGCCUCUCGCCAUCGCCUCUCCAUCACUCGAGAGAAAGGACAGCUUUAAUUCGCAGCUAAGCUCCCCUUCGAGCAGCAACAUCUCGGCCUUCAUCUCCUUCGCUAGCUCCUGCCAGUUCCCUGGGAUCCAGGGCGCCACCUCCAAGUGCCUCAAGGUUUUGCGCGCCCACCGCGGCCAUAUCACCGCGCUGGCCGUCUCGAGCUCCCGCCGCAUCCUCUACACCGCCUCCGGCGCCAGCAGCAGCAUCCACGCCUGGAGCAUCCCCGAUCUGGACGAGCUCUGCGUUUUCGAUGGCGGCGGCGCGGUAAAGUUCUUGCUUGUCGUCGUCGAUCCGCCGGGGCUGAUCCUGAGCUCCCACCAUGACCACAAGAUCCGGGCCUGGAAGAUGGCAACAACAACGACGUCCAGUUCUUCGUCAAAGGAUGAUCACGAUCGUCGUCCUCGAAAGUCGACCGUGACAAAGUUUCGUGCAAAGCACGUCGCCACGGUCCCCACGGUGUGGAACAGGCUCGUCACUUUCAUCCCGGCCAGGAACUACGUCAAGAUCCGCCGCCAUCGCAAGAGCUUGUGGAUCCAGCACUCUGACGUGAUAUCCUGCCUGGCAACCAGCCCCGACGGGAGCCUCAUCUUCUCGGCGUCCUGGGACAAAACCUUCAAGGUGUGGCGAUCCUCCGACUUCAAAUGCCUGGAAUCGGUGGAAGCCCACGAAGACGCCAUCAAUUCCCUGGUAUCGUCCUCCUCCGGCUUCCUCUACACUUGCUCCGCGGACGCCAAGAUCAAAGCCUGGGAAAGAACAUCCCGAUGCCGACACGCGCUGCUCGCCACGCUUGAGGGCCACAAGUCGGGAGUGAACGCCAUGGUCCUCUCCCCGGACGAGCAGCUGCUCUACUCGGGCUCCUCGGAUCGAAAGAUCCUGGUGUGGGAGCGCGAGGAGAGCGCCAACCACAUGAGCUUGCUGGGGGCGCUGCGCGGGCACAGGCAAGCAGUGCUGUGCCUGGCGGCCAUGGGGGACUUCCUAUGCAGCGGUUCAGCUGACAGGAGCGUUAGGGUUUGGAGGAAGAGCCCUGGCGGAUCUCUACACGCCUGCAUUGCGCUGCUCGAGGGUCACUUCGGCCCUGUCAAGGCCCUGGCCGUCGCUCCUCUUCUGAAGUCUUCCUCUCCGGGAAGAGCGGACGUAGAAAAUGACCAUGGAGCUGCUAGUAGCAUUCAUGAAUUUGUGGUUUACAGCGGCAGCCUUGAUUCCGAUGUACGGGUCUGGCUAAUUACCCCUGAUGAAAACUUCCCCUCGGCCCAGAUGACAAAUCCACCCCGAUUUAAAUCCAUAUGA